AUGAAGAAGAAGAAUGGAUUGAUAAAGAAUGGAAAAAAUUCAAAGGAUUCUACUAUUACGAAAAUUGCUAAAGAAGUUGUAUCGAAUACGAUGAAUACAGUACAAGUUGUACUUCGAAUAAGACCUAGAAAUAUCAAAAAAUCACAUAAAAAAACAUCUUCAACAUCAUCAAUAAUUAAACAAGAAUCUAUUUCCACAUCGUCAUCUAAUGAUGAAAUACUUGAAAUUCCGAUAACACCUACAACACCAACAAUGACUCAAAAUACCAAAUCAAGAGAGAGCAGUACGCAGCAACAAGUUUAUGAAAAUGCUGGAGUAGAAGGAUUAAUGGAAAAAUUCUUGAAUGGUUAUAAUGUAUCCAUUUUAACAUAUGGACAAACUGGUUCAGGAAAAUCUUAUACAUUGGAAAAAUAUAAAUCUACUAAAGUCACAUUUACUGUAUCAUUUUUGGAAAUUUUUAAAGAAGAUUUAAUAGAUUUAUUAAUUGACAAUAAUUCCUCACAAUCUUCUAAUCAUCAACAUUAUAACGAUGAAUUAUUACAUUGUAAACCUGUAGUAUUUAUACGUGAUGAUAUGAAAGGAAAAAAUAGUUUAAGUGGAUUACGAGAAUUUACUGUUGACAGUAUAGAAGAAGUUAUGGAACAUCUAAAACGAGGUUUAUCAAGCAUUAGUAAUUCCACUUCACAUACAAUUUUCUCUAUUACGAUGACUCAACAACAAUUUGUAAUCACUUCCCCUAACACUCCAACCACUCCCACUCCCACUACUUCUUCUUUUCCAAUUAAUAUUCCAUUGUCUAGAAGAAAUUCAACAAUUUCUCAUCCACCUGGUUCACGUCCUUCUAGUAGGAUGGGAACAUCAUCUAGACCUUCUAGUCGAUUAGGAAAUGGCAGUAGACCUGCAUCAAGAGCUGGUUCAAGUUUAGGUAUUAGAUUUGAGGAAAGUGGAAGUGGUAAUGGAAAUAAUAAUGAUGAAUUAACUACUAUUACAAGUAAAUUAUGGUUUAUUGAUUUAGGAGGUAAUGAAAAGUUUAUAAAUAAAUCAAGUCCCGCUUUACAUAAAGUAAUCUCAAUGUUAGGUAAUUCAAAACCAUCCUCAAAACUUUCCAUAAUUCCUCCUUCUCCUCUCUCUCAUUUUCAUCAUAAUAAACUUAAUCACGACAUUCCAAUUCAUACCUCUUCCUCACAUAAAGAUAAGGAAAAUAUGAAAAAUAAUAAUAUCCGUGAUAUUUCUUCUAAUAUUCCUUAUCAUGACUCAAAUUUAACUCGUCUUCUUCAAGAUACUUUGGGUGGUAAUACUUAUACUUUAAUGAUUGCUUGUGUUUCACCUGAUGAAUGUGAUCAUUCUUCUACUAUUACUACUUUAAAACAUGCUUCUCUUACUAGAAACAUAAAAAAUACUCCUAUUAAAAAUGUUGCUGGUCAUGCUCGUAGUAGUUCUUUACCUACAUUUGGAAACCACAUUCGUAAAAAAUCUACUGACACAAAACAUUUAUCUUUAAAUAGUAAUAAAGAUGAUAUAGAAUGGUGGGAUAUAAAAAAUUUACAAUCAAUAGUUAUUAAAUUGAAAGCUGAGAAUAAAGCUUUAAAAACUGCCCUCAUUACUGCAGGAGAAAUUAAGAAUCCUUCUGGUCGAAAUACUCCUACAAAAUCUCGACAAAUUGAACAACAAUAUUUACAAUUGCGUCAAUCCUAUGCUGAACUUUCUAUCAAAUAUGGAAUGACUUCUGCCGAACUUGCUUUAUAUCAAGAUAAUCAUGAAAAUAUUGAUUCGGCUCCAAUUUCUCCUAAUACAACCAUUACUUCUUUUUCCGAAAUUGAUGAUUGUGAAAGAAAUUUUACUUCCCCAAUUAUAAGAGAUUUCAGGGAUUUUGAAUUAAGUGGUGUUAGUAAUGUAGAAGACUUGAGUAAAAGUGUAUUGAUAGAUAAAUUGGUAACUACUCAAGCUGAACUUGCUCAUACUGAUCUAUUACUCAAAGAACGAGAAAUUGUUCUAGAUGAAGCCAAUAUUACCAUUGAACAUAAUUUAAAUACUUCUGCUAGUUUACAGAAAUAUAUUCGAGAACUUGAAACAAAAUUAGAGAAAUAUGAAUCCGAAAAUAAAUUACGUGACCCUCGAGAUGAACAUCCGGAAAAAUUCAUUAGUGAAACAGUGUCAUUAUUGGAACAACGAUUACGAGAGAGUGAACGAACUUGUAAAGAAUUAGAUGAAAAAUUGAAACAAGCUGAAAAUAAUGAAAGCAAUAAUGAAAAAAUGGAUUCGUUGGAGAAUGCUCUAAAAGAAAAACAAGAUGCUUAUGAUGCAUUACAAUCGAAAUUUGAAUUAAUCGAUUGUGGAGAAAAUAAAAUACUCAUGGAUAAAUUGGAUGAUAGAAAUGCGAGAAUAUCACAAUUAGAAGCUAAAUUAAAUUUAUUAGUAAAUGAAGUAAAUAAAAUGGGUCGAUUAGAAAUACCACCUUCUCCUUCUUUCUCACGACUUGUAUUUACACCUGACCCAAUUUUCAGUGGUGGUAAUGAUCUAAAUAAUUUAGAAUCCAAACUUUUGGAAUUUGAAUCGAUUCAUCAAGAAACUGUUAAUGAAUUAACUUUGAUAAAGAAAAAAUAUAAUGAAUCAAGAUUACAAGAUUUAUAUGAUAGAAAUUUAUCAAAUCUUGCUGAUUCGAGAUCAAAAUAUCAAUCAAGUCUUGAAUUAAUUACUGGUCUUCAAAAUCAACUUAAAGAACUUCAAGGCGGUCAAAUUCAUCCUGAAUUGAAGAUUAGUGAGAUUUCUCCUUCAAAAAUUGAAAAAGAUAAUGAAAAUAAUUCUGAACAUAACGAUGAUUCUUUCAAUGAUAAUGAUUCUAUUGAAGAAAAUUCCGAAUCUGAAAGAGAUGAAUCUGAAAAAGAUGAAUCCGAAAUUCUCUCUGAACAAUUAAAUUCUAUUAAAGGACAAAAUGAAGAAUUACAAAAUCAAAUUGAACAACUUUUAAUCCAAUUAUCAGAAGCCGAUGAGAAUGACAAUGAUGCCAAAGAAUCUAACAGGUUAUUAGAAGAAGAAUUAGAGAGAGUGAAAAAAGAAUAUGAUAAUUUCAAAGUAAAAGAAUCUUCUGUUAUUACACAAUUUAAAGAAGAAAUUAAACGUUUACGAACUUAUAAAUCUGAACAAGAGCUGAAGAUUCAAACACUUGAAACUCAAUUAGAACUUUCAAUUCAGGGAGAAGAACCCGAUAUUUCGGCAUUAAAAAAGGAAGUAGCACAAUUACGAACCAUUGAAAAUAGAUCAAAAGAAAAGAUUCAAGAAUUAGAACUUGAACUUGAAAUAGCCGAAGCAAAAUCUAAGCAAUUACAAGCCAUUAAGGAAGAAUUAAGCGCAUAUAAGAAAAAUGAUAUUGAUCAAAAAGCCAUGAUCGAACAACUUCAAUAUCAAUUCGCUGAUGCUAAAGAAGCUAAGGAAAUGAUAGUUCGAGAAUGGACAAUUAUGCAAGAAAGUCUUAGCGAUCAAACAAAACUUGUAAACACUUUAGAAGGAGGGUUACAAACUUUGGUGGAUGAAUUGAAAUUAACCAAAGCUAAUCAUUUUUCGACAUUAGAAGAAAAUGAAGAUUUGACAAAUUAUUUAAAUACUAUUAUUCAACAACGUGAAGAAGACGAAGGAAGAAUUGAAGUGUUAGAACAAGAACUUAAUGAAUUAAAAGAAAUCAAUUGUAAUGAUAGUGUAAUGUAUCAUGAACAAUUAGAAAAUGCUACUCACGAGAUUGAAGCUCAAAAUGAACUUUUAAGUGAAUUUGAACAACAAGUCAUGAAUCUCGAAAAUGAGAGAGAUGAAUGCGUGGAACGAUUAAAUAAAUCAGAGUCUUUGAUUAAAGAACUUAAAGCUGCUAUAGAAGAAAAAGAACAAUUAUUAAUAACCAAUAGUUCUUUACUUGAAAAAACCAAAGCAGAAGAAAGUGCUCAAACAAUAUUUGUGAAAGAAUUAGAAAAUACAUUAAAAGAACGAGAAACCAAAUUAUUAGAAAAGACUAAUCAAAUUGAACUUCUAAAAGAACAAUGUCAACGACAACAACCAGAAGACAUAUCAAAACUUGAAGAAGCUUAUGCUAAGAUUGAGGCACUUAAAGGACAAUGUAAUACGUUACAAAAUUUACUUGAUAAUGUUGGACAAAAUUUCGAAAGUCUUGAUCAAGUCAUGUCAAAAGAUCUUAAAAUUCAAUUCUUACAACGUGUUGAAGUUUUAGAAAAUGCAAUUAUUUUAGUUGAACGAGAAAAAGAAGAACAAUAUAAAAUCAAAUUGGAACUUGAAAAACAAGUCAAUACUUUACAAAAUGAUUAUGAUAUAUUGAAUACGAAAUUCAUAAAUUUGAGUAAUAAAUUAGUGGAAGUUGAACUGGUUUCACAAAGUCAAAAGGAUCGUAUUCGAGAAUUGGAAUAUAUUCUGCAAGAAACGAAUAAACGAAAAGUUUUACUUUCCCGAAAAAAUACUUUUUCAUCAUUGUCAUCAGGAGCUUCAAAUAAACGAAAUUCCGUUAUAAUGAAUCCAACUUUAGCUAGAUUAUCGGCUGUUACAUCAGAUUUACAAAUUUAUCAAGAAAAUUUAACUUCCAAAAUUAGUGAAGUAGGAUUUUGCGCAUCAUCAUUACAAUCCAAUCUAAGAAAUUUGGAAGAAGAAAUUGAUCAAUUGAAAUCUCAAGAAGAAGAAUCAGAUGAAUCUAUAAAUGAAUUAAGAGAUCGAAUUGAUGAACUUGAAAAAGAAAACGAAGAAUUAGAAAAAACCAAUGAAAUAUUGUAUGACGAUAAGGAACAAGUUGACAAAAAGAUUGGAUUUGUAUUAGAUCAACUUAAAGUUGCUGGUGAAGACGGAAAUCGUACAGCUCAUUAUAUCGCAGAAUUAAAUAAUAAAUUGACGUCACUUGAAAAUGAACUUGUUGGUAUUAAACAACGACCUCAACCACCUAAAUCAAACAAUAAUGACAAUGAAAAUAAUGAUAGACCUCGAAGACUUUCAAAGAAGAAAGUGGUAGUAUUUUCAUCGACUGAAUUCCAAAAAGAUAAAUUAAUUAAAGAAUAUCAAGAUAAAAUAGCUUCAUUAGAACGUAGAUUAGAAGAGACUUAUGAAAAUAAUUUAGAAAUAUCGGAAAUUCAAGAAUUAUACAAGAUAAUAGUGGAAAUGGAAGAAGAAAAACAAAAAAUCGAACAAUCUUUAGAUGAUGAAAAGAAUGCAAAACUUAAUGUUGAAAGGACUUUAAGAGAAGUUCAAAUUCAGUUAGAAAUAUUACGUGAAAAGACUAUGGCCAAGAAACAACAAAAAUUGAAAUUCUUUUGUAUUUAG